AUGGGCCCCUUCUCGGCUCUCUCAUGGACCUGCCGCCCCGCCGUCGCCGCCCCUGCAGCAGCAGCCGUCGCCGCCCCUGCAGCAGCAACCGUCGCCGCCCCUGCAGCGGGAGCCGCCACCGCCGAUGCCGCCGACAGCAGCAGCCGCCGCCGCCACUACCGAGGCCGCAGCCGCCGCAGCCGCCGACAGCAGGAGCCGCCGCCGCCACAGCCGGGGCCGCAGCCGCCGACAGCAGCAGCCGCUCCCGCCACUGCCGGGGCCGCAGCCACCGCAACCGCCGACAGCAGCAGCCGCCGCCGACACAGCCGGGGCCGCAGCCGCCGCAGCCGCCGGCAGCAGCACACGCCGCCACCACAGCCAAGGCCGCAGCCGCCGACAGCAGCAGCCGCCGCCGCCACAACCAGGGCCGCAGCCGCCGACAGCAGCAGCCGCCGCCGCCACAAUCGGGGCCGCAGCCGCCGCAGCCGCCAACACCAGCAGCCGCUGCCGCCGCUGCCGGGGCCGCAGCCGUCGCAGCCGCCGACUGCAGCCGCCGCCGCCGCCGCCGACAGCAGGGGCCGCUGCCGCCGUCCCGGCCCUGCCCUGCAGAGAGGAGCGGCAGUCCUCUGCCGCCCUGUAGCGGCCCUGUCCCUGCCGGCGCGCCUCCGCUGUGCCCCACCACUUGCGGACCUCUACCCACCUGCCCUGCUUUUCCAACAUUGCGAUAGGAAAGGCGGUCUCUCACUGUUCGAUCUCACGUCUGGCGCCUCUGCUGCCCCUGCUGCUGAUGCUAACAGCACUAUUCGCUCACAAAGGGCCACACGCGAUGCUGCUGCCCGUCUUGCUGUGCGUAGUCACUUGCCGUCCUCUGAGCGCGCGCACUUCAGUCACUACAAGAGUGCUAGGACCUUGUACGACGCUGUAGUCACACGCUACUCUUCCCCUGCCACUACUGCCCUUAGCCGCCUCAUGCUGCCGUACCUGUUCCCUGACCUCGCCGCCUUUCCCACAGUCGCUGACCUCAUUACACACCUUCGCACUAGUGACACCCGCUACCGCGCUGCGCUUCCUGCUGAGUUCUGUGCCAAGAACCCCCCCCCCAUGGGUGCUCCCCCUCCCCCCUUUAACCCUCUGUUGCCUCUGCUGCUGCCGUCGACUUCGUUCGCACCGAGUCAGUCGGCGCUGCGUCUGCCCCUAGCGGGAGACGCCGCACCGGCAAGGGCAAGGGGGGCAAGGGCGCUGGAGGGGCUGGCGGGGGCGGUGGAGGUGGCGGUGGAGGCGGCAGAGGGAGUGGUGGUGGCGGUGGGAGUGCUGGCGGGGGUGGGGGCUUCGGUGGCGGCGGUGGAGGCGGAGGCGGCGGCGGCGGUGGCGGUGGGAGCGGAGGAGGAGGCGGUGGCGGCGGUGGCGGAUGUGGCGGCGGCGGAGGUGGAGCUGGUCGGGGUGGCUCCGCGCAGCGGAGCGGCUUCGGUGGUGGUCAGCGCCAGCAGCAGCAGCGCACUCGUGAGACCCCGCCCCCCCCAGCAGCUUCGUGAGUGGUACGCUGCGCGUCAGCGGGGUGGGGGUGCUGGUCCUUGUGCCUACGUCUUGCGUACCGACGACCGCACUGGUGAGCCGUGCGGUGGCCCGCACACCACCCAACGCUCCUUCGGCCGCUUCACGGACGCUUGGCGUCUCCAGUUUCCUGACGCCACUGAGAUCCCCCGCUGGGGCGAGCUGCUUAGGUCGGGGGUUGCUAUCUUUGAUCUGGAUUAUGAUGCUAUUCUUGCUGCCAUGUAUGUUGUGUCUACUAGUGAUGAGGGUGACUGUUACCUGUGUGUUCCGCUUAACCCGGGCAUUGAGGCUGCUGCUCUAGGUGCUGGUGAGGCUGCUGCUCUAGGUGCUAGUGCGUCUGCUGCCCCAGGUACUGGUGCGUUUGCUCUCUCAGGUACCACGUCGGCUCAGGCCUUACACACCUUCACCCUUGACUCGGGUGCUUCCCGCUCCUUCUUUCGAGACCGCACCACGCUUACGCCGCUUAGUCGGCCAGUUGCGGUCUCCCUGGCGGACCCCUCUAGGGGUCCUGUCCUUGCCCACUUCUCCACUGUCUUACCGUGUCCGGCGGCCCCCUCUGGCACCCUCUCAGGUCUCUACCUCCCCUUGUUCUCUAUGAACUUGGUGAGUGGUGCUGAUCUACAAGAUGGGGGGGUUGACCAGUUCACUCCUGCGAGUCAGCGGGUGACCCACUGUACGUGUGCUCGGACGGGCCGACACUUGGCCACGUUUACCCGUCAGCCGGGGUCGAGCCUGUAUACACUGACUACUUAG